UUUCCCUAGUAAUAUUCGUGAUACAACCUCGUCCUUUUCCCUUUCCACAGAUUCUUUCAUAUCUGCCCGAAAAAGAAGCAGAUCAGGCCGUUGAAGAAAAGCUCAGAAGCCAUGGCCACCGACUUCAAGUCAAUCCCCAUUAUUGAUAUCGGUCCACUAGUGGAGAAGUGGAAUCAUCCAAGUAUGUCCGAAGAUAGAGGCGUCGCUGAAGUUGCUCGACAAUUGGAUAAGGCUUGCAGAGAAGCUGGAUUCUUUUAUGUGAAAGGCCAUGGAAUUCCCGAAUCACUUAUAGAAGAAAUUAGAAGCAUCUCUCGCAAAUUUUUCGAUUUGCCUUACGAGGAAAAGCUCAAAAUAAAGCUCUCUCCUGCAACUGGAUAUAGAGGAUAUCAACGAGUCGGUGAGAACGUAACGAAAGGGGUGCCUGAUCAACAUGAAGCUAUUGAUUGCUACAGUGAAGUGAAACCAGGAAUGUAUGGAGGUCUUGGUGAAGUAAUGGAAGGAUGCAAUCUAUGGCCUAACGAACCUCCAAAGUUCAAAAUCUUAAUGGAAGAGUAUAUCAAUCUUUGCACAGAACUCUCUAGAAAGAUAUUAAGAGGGAUAGCUUUAGCCCUGGGUGGACCAGUGGAUGCAUUCGAAGGAAACAUAGCCGGAGAUCCGUUUUGGGUGUGUCGAAUAAUCGGAUAUCCUGCUGUCUUCCAGACAAAUGGCAGCAGAUUGGCAAAUGUCGAAAAUGAUAUUGGAUGUGGAGCUCACACAGAUUACGGUUUGUUAACGUUAGUUAAUCAGGACAACGAUAUAACUGCGCUGCAGGUGAAAAACAUUGAUGGAGAAUGGAUAUCUGCUGCACCCAUUCCUGGCACAUUUGUUUGCAAUAUCGGUGACAUGUUAAAGGUUUUGACGAAUGGUAUGUAUGAAUCAACUCUGCAUCGGGUCCUCAAUAACUCUCCCAAAUACCGCGUCUGCGUCGCAUACUUCUAUGAGACCAACUUUGACGCGGCUGUCGAGGCACUGGACUUUUGUGUGCAGAAGACCGGUGGCGACAAGAAGUUCCAAGGGGCUGUUUAUGGGAAGCAUCUGGUUAGUAAAGUAGUGAACAACUUUGCAAUGUAGAAAUCUCUCUUACAUGCUUUCCUGUGGUUGAAAACUUGAAGCUGCUCUACAAUAUGCACAUGUGUGUCUUAAACAUUCUGCUAAUGAUAUUUUUCUCUUCAUACACAAUGGCUUACAUAUAUAUAUAUAUGUGUGUGUGUGGAUCA